GGCUAGAGAGAUUGGGGAAGGUUAUAAGUUCUACUAUUGUGGGAGUAACGGCAAACGAAAUGGUGUCGGUAUAGUACUAGAUAGUCAGUUGAAACAGGGUGUCACAAAUGUUAACAGAAAAAGCGACAGGAUUAUCGCUGUAAAAGUGAUGCUGGAGAACGUCAUACUCAAUUUAAUAAGUGUGUAUGCUCCUCAGAGUGGAUGUGACGAUGUAACGAAAGAGAAGUUUUGGGAGGAUUUUGAUACAAUUACAAUGGAUAUACCAGCAAAUGAAGAGAUAUACGUGGGUGGAGAUUUUAAUGGACACGUGGGAAGAAUGAAUGUAGGGUAUGAAAGAGUGCAUGGGGGCUUCGGUUUUGGAAGCCGUAACGUGCAGGAUGAAGCAUUGUUACAAGCAGUCGCCGCUUUCGACCUGGCAAUUGCUAACACCUGGUUUCAAAAAAGAGAUGAACACCUGAUCACCUACAAAAGUGGCAAACACACGACGCAGAUUGAUUAUUUCCUUGUAAAGCGAAAUAAAAUCAACUGUAUCAAGGACAUUAAAAUCAUACCAGGGGAACAUCUUACUUCACAGCAUAGGCUCCUCGUAAUCGAUCUGUAUAUAAAAAUCCAUUCACUUAACAGAAAAGAACGGCUUCCGCCAAAGAUACGAUGGAAAAUGCUAGAGAAGAAUGAAUGUGCCGAAAAAUUCAAAGAACGUGUGAUAGAUAAAAUGAUAGAGAUGAAAGAUAUGGAAGGAUUGAAUGCGAACGAAUGUUGGAAAGAGAUGGCAAACUGUAUACGGAGAGUAGCGAAAGAUGUCUUGGGAGAAUCGAAAGGCAAAGGUAUCAUAGAUAAGGAAACGUGGUGGUGGAAUGAGGAGGUGCAGGAAAUAUUAAAGCAAAAGAAACAAGCAUUUAGAGAAUGGCAAAAGUCUAAAGCUGGACAAGGAACUGAAGAGGCAAUAAAAAGAACGAAAUAUAUAGAAUGAAAGAAGAUGGCAAAACGU